GAUUUCCCUUCUCUGCAACCCAUCCCCCAUCCCCUGUCGCUCCGAUUCCUACCCACUACUGCCUCCAACCACAAGUCGUCCCUUAUGGUCUGAUAUGGCUUUUCUGUUAAAUAAAGGACAAACUCUAAAGGCAAAAUAGUAUGUACAGAGGAAGUAUACUAAGAUCAUAUUUUUCAGUUGAAAAUCAUCUGUUUGUUGCACUUGGAGCAUGAACUGUGUGACACUUGAUCAUUGUACUGUAUUUUUAAGUGAAAGAACCAGUGACGGGGAGAUAUAUAGUACAUAGUAUGGCAGAGGGUGCAGGAGAAGACUUGAUGUUGUUGAACCUGUGUUGAUCUGGUACUCUCAUUGUAAGAUGUAGGACAUUUAGGUGAGUCAUUGUACGCUUACUACCCAAGGUCAAACUGUAGCUUCCUGCUUUUUGUCUCAUAUUCAAUAGGCAGACGGUGACCUCCUGCAUAGAUUGUUCCAUUGCAACCACUAUGAUUUAGCAAACAAAAUACAGCACUGGACAGUUCAAACUACUGUAAGUACUGUGUAAUAGACGGUAAAAGGCAGCAUCUCUGUGCCCUGCUUUUCAGUUAGAGUUUCAGGUCAUGUUUCAACCUGCAUGUCGUUCCUGACAUUAUCAAGUAGUAUGGGAACUGAAAAUGUUUGACAUAGAUAAUGUUCCUCUGUUUAAAAAAAAAAUAAUCUAACACCAACAUGCAUAUUGGUGCUUUAAAUCUUAAUCUAUUGUUCUGAGUUUAGCUUGCCUAUUAUGACCUAUUCUCAUAUACCUGUUGAAUAGUCCAACAUCUAUUAUGUGUUGAGUAGCUGUGUGAGUAAAGCAUUGGAAAGCAGCCUUGGUAAGCUGCUGGGGAUAGUGAUAAGUAGGGUGUCCACCCACUCUGUCCAGAGUGGGUGAAAACACGCUUUGGUGAUGACAUUUCACUUCCUUAUGUUAUGAAAUUCAUUUUUCCAAGACAAAUAUGAUUAUUCAUGUUCUUAAUCGUUCAGUGGGGUCUUUCUCAAACAUAUCAUUAACAGUAUAUCCAAAAAGUUGCAUUUCGUAACCUAAUACAUCCGAUAAUAAGCACCGAGCUGUGUUGACAUAGCGGUGCAGGUUUUUUGUAACAACUUUUGAGGAUUUUACAUUUUGUGGUGGUCGUCUUCAAAGUUAUUUGCUCGGGUUGCAAAAGCAAAAUUAACAUAAUGAGCUGAAUUAAAUGUAAAAGGCUUUGAAAAUAAAUGCCUUGGUAUACGCUCAGUGCUCCGUUGACAUUUCACAGAGACGUUUGUUUUUGUGAAAAUAAAAUCUAAUUAAUAUAAAAAGCGUAUACUAAAAUAUAUUAAAAUACUACAUGUCAUGUCUCAAAAUCGAUUGAUUUAGUCACCCUAAUUCUGGCCAUCCUACAAGGGUAAAAACUCGAAUAACUCUCUAACGGAUUAUGAUAGAGACAUGAGGUUUGGACCACUGGUUUUCUUAGGGGACUAUCUACACAAUUACAGAUGCUGUUUUGAUUGGACACCCUAUAGUAUGUGCUGACAGGCUCCAUAGUUAACACUCACUAUUCCAUCACUGGCCUGUACAGUAGACCUAAUCAGGCAGAAUGCUCAGCUACCUACAGAUGUCAGAUCUUAAUUUGAUCACUAUUUUGUCACCCAAGCCAUAAAAACCCACUGUUUUUAUUUUCUCUCCAUGCAGGGGCAGUCGAGUCAUUCGGACCAGUGCCAGCUCUCGCUCGCUCAAACGUAAAACGCACCAGACAGAAUGUCAAUAAAUAUCCUACUAUAGGCGUAUAGGUCCUAUUAUUGCAAAAAUCUGAAAUGCAUCCAUACACCUCAACAAUCGUCGUUUUAUAUAGCUUAAUAACACAAGAUAGAUAUUGGUCUCCACUACAACAUACAAGUGUCAGGGCCUCCCGAGUGGCGCAGUGGUCUAAGGCACUGCAUCGCAGUGCUAGCUGUGCCACUAGAGAUCCUGGUUCGAUUCCAGGCUCUGUCGCAGCCGGCCGCGACCGGGAGACCCAUGGGGCGGUGCACAAUAAAAGUGAGCAGCCCAUGAUUCUUACAGUGUGUAUAUACAGUGCAUUUGGAAAGUAUUCAGACCUUUUUCCACAUUUUGUUACGUUACAGCCUUAUUCCAAAAUUGAUUACAUUUUUCCUCAUUAAUCUACACACAAUGACAAAGCAAAAUCAGGUUUUUAGAAAUUUGACAGCGAUUAGCCUCCAGUCGUCUUGGGUAUGACGCUACAAGCUUGGAACACCUGUAUUUGGGGAGUUUCUCCCAUUCUUCUCUGCAGAUCCUCUCAAGCUCUGUCAGGUUGAAUGGGGAGCGUCGCUGCACAGCUAUUUUCAGGUCUCUCCAGAGAUGUUCGAUCGGAUUCAAGUCCGGGCUCUGGCUGGACCACUCAAGGACAUUCAGAGACUUGUGCCGUAGCCACCCCUUCGUCGUCUUGGCUGUGUGCUUAGGGUCGUUGUCAUGUUGGAAGGUGAACCUUCGCCCCAGUCUGAGGUCGUUGCGCUCUGGAGCAGGUUUUCAUCAGUCUGAGGUUGUUGCGCUCUGGAGCAGGUUUUCAUCAAGGAUCUCUCUGUACUUUGCUCUGUUCAUCUUUCCCUCGAUCCUGACUAGUCUCCCAGUCCCUGCCGCUGAAAAACAUCCCCACAGUAGGGAUGGUGCCAGGUUUCCUCCAGACGUGACGCUUGGCAUUCAGGCCAAAGAGUUCAAUCUUGGUUUCAUCAGACCAAUCUUGGUUUCUCAUGGUCUGAGAGUCCUUUAGGUGCCUUUAGGCAAACUCCAAGCGAGCUGUCAUGUUCCUUUUACUGAGGAGUGGCUUCCGUCUGGCCACUUUACCAUAAAGGCCUGAUUGGUGGAGUGCUGCAGAGAUGGUUGUCCUUCUGGAAGGUUCUCCCAUCUCCACAGAAGAACUCUGGAGCUCUGUCAGAGUGACCAUCGGGUUCUUGGUCCCCACCCUGACUAAUGCCCUUCUCCCCCGAUUGUUCAGUUUGGCCGGGCGGCCAGCUCUAGGAAGAGUCUUGGUGGUUUCAAACUUCUUCCAUUUAAGAAUGAUGAAGGCCACUGUGUUCUUGGGGACCUUCAAUGCUGCAGAAAUGAUUUUGUACCCUUCCCCAGAUCUGUGCCUCGACACAAUCCUGUCUCGGAGCUCUACAGACAAUUCCUUCGACCUCAUGGCUUGGUUUGUGCUCUGACAUGCACUGUCAACUGUGGGACCUUUUAUGUAGACAGGUGUGUGCCUUUCCAAAUCAUAUCCAAUCAAUAGAAUGUACAACAGGUGGACUCCAAUCAAGUUAUAGAAACAUCUCAAGGAUGAUCAAUGGAAACAGAAUGUACCUGAGCUCAAUUUUGAGUCUCAUAGCAAAGGGUCUGAAUACUUAUGUAAAGGUAUUUCUGUUUUUUAUUUUUAUACAUUUGCACAAAACAUUUUGUUUUCGCGUUGUCAUUAUGGGGUAUUGUGUGUAGACUGAUGAGGGAAAAAAUGAUUUAAUCCAUUUUAGAAUAAGGCUGUAACGUAACAAAAUGUGGAAAAAGGGAAGGGGUCUGAAUACUUUCCGAAUGCAUUGUAGUUAUGGUGUGGAUGGCCCUUACAUAGGUGAGAUUUCCAUUGCUUAGCUGUUGUGCUCUGGCUACAGUAGCAUAGGUCUACUGUACUUUUCAGUUUGUGUGGGCAUUUGAAGUCAUCAUUGUUGUAGAUUGAAAGCCUGUAUUGUGUGGCUUUUAAGAUGUAAUUUCAUAAAGCUAUGCAUUUAAGCUUAUCCGAAGACAAUUUCAUUGAGCUGAGAUUCGAACCCAUGCCGACUCUGGCAUAUGUGUGAGGCCACUAAUAAUUUAUUCUGCCUAUUUGUUGCCUUGAACAUGUAAUAAAACAAUUUAUCUAAAAAAAAUGGAUUUUCCCCUAACGAAAAAUAAAUCUACCCCUACAAAUAUGUCAAUUUGUUAUAAUCCACAUAAUAAUUUACAAGAGAAGCGCUGUAGCCUACAUACAAUAGGCUACUUUAACUGGUGCCCUAGUGGACCUGCAGUCUAAGGUACAAUGUAGAUAGCAACGGUACUGCAUUGUAUACAAACACCGCUUCCAGCUGCCCACUGGCGGCGAUUUCUAAAUAUUUCUUCAGAUAUUUAAAUCCUCCUGCUGUAGGACUAUUUUCCUACUGCGACGAAAUGGGUCAAAUUUAAGAUCCGACAUCUGUAGUAACCACUACUGUAAUGAACAACAUCACUUAUAUCACAUCAUUUAGACCUAGCUUCCCAUGCACACUGAAAACACCUAAUCUUUUCUGUUUUAGUAUUGUAUUCUCAAAGGCUAUUUUACUGUUUCACAGUAAAACCGAUUUAACCAAAACCAGACGUGCUGGAUUAAUUUAAUACAAAUGUUGAUCAGACGUUGAAAACAAAGUGUAUUCGAAUGGAGACUUGUGAAUUCAUCAGAUGAAAAAUACUAAGGUAAUGCCACUAGGUACGUUAUCUUAGAUUGACAUGAUUAAAUCAGCCUAAUCUCAACAGCCCUAUGCAAAUCAAUACAAAGUCUGUUGUCGUCUAUAAGGAUAUGUUUCAUCAGAAGUAAUCAGAAAGCAAUCAUCCAGAAGUGAUUACAAGAUUAGCUUACAGGGAAUCCAUUCCAAACCCUUGUCUCAGCAACUAGAGCACCCUAGGUGAAACGUCUGAGCAGGCGUGUAAUCUCAUUAGUUGGCAGGCUUGUUCAUGGGAGUAACAUCCACACAGAGUUGCUAAUGUGAUUUCAGAGUGAAUCACCUCGGAGAAGCAGGGUGUGGUGGUGGUCUGUGUUUGGGAUAAUGAAUAGCAAACACAUACAAAGUAACACCUGAUUGAAUUAAGCAUUGGAAAAGCGUCCCAGGCAUGCUGUUGUAGCCAGGAUCAAUAAGGCGGACAGACAGCUAGCGGACACAGUGUGGUGUGGACUGGAGGAUAUGAGAGGAUGUUGAUAAACUUGCUGUGAAUGUGAUGGAUGGCAGGGCUGUGUUGUUUCACCGCGCUGCCCACAGGUUCAUGGCUGCAGCGCAGUGCGCAGGGAGGUAAAGUAAAGCUGAUUAGCCCUCUGCUUAUUACUGACUGUGAGGGAGUUCUCUCUCUCUCUCACUUCACUUCACUGAACUGAAGCUCCACCGACACACCAUGCUUAAGAGCUUUCUGCGACCGUCCGACUGAGGGGUCCCACUGUGUGAAGGGAUUUAAAAUACAGGAAACUACAGAUUUUCUGAUGUCAACUGGGCGGGGCAUUAAGGUAAGCCCGGUCUCCUCUGCUCCAACAGUCAUAGCAUAGCAGAGUCUGUCUUUGAACGCAGUGGAGAUGGCAGGUAUUUAAGAGGGGAGAACUCAUCACUGAGGCCAAGAGGUAAGAAGGCGUUACAGGCUAAUGAUUGGAGGAGAUGAUCUGUUUAGGAUGAAUGUGUAAUGUUCAAACCUGUAGCCAGCAUUGGAAAAUAAAAUACAGGUUCACUUGAGGCACUCUAGUUCUGUCACUUGAGGCACCCUGUCUAACUUUUGUUGUGUUGUUUCUUUCCUAAGACAAUGUUGAAGAGGAACAUAGUGGGGAUACGUGCCUUCAGUUUUAGGAUUAUAUACACUUGUGUAUUACUGCUGCGAUUCUUGAAAGUACAUGCCUGGGUAAUAACUUAUUUAAGACGAUGUGGGCCAUGUUAUUUGCACUGUCAUAUAAGAAUGUUGUAAGACCCAUUGGUUUGAGUGGCUAGUGACUGGUUGUAGUUUGCUUGGAUUCAAUAGUUUUGCUGCAGUGGGAGUGUACAGUAGAGUUUCUGUUAACCCUGUAUGUGUGAGUCCGUACAGUAGAUUACUCAGGCAAGGCAAUAAAAAAAGUGGUGUGGACGUUGGUGGUGGUGGUAUGCAUUGUUGCACUCUCACUUCUUAAAAUACACAGGGUGUUGUCCGGAGGAGAGCAGGAAGGCCUGUUUGCAUAGCCACUUUGUUUGUCGCUUUGUUCAUGAACCUACCUUUUCCCAAGGGACCUUUUAGGCUACACAGCCGUUAAGAGACUACAACAGCAGGAAGGCUUCAUAAUCUUUAGGCUUCAACCUGAGUAAAAUAACUCCAUGUAUUCACUGAACAUAACUUCAACUGGGCAAGCACACUGUUGUCUGUCAUAAGCAUAAACAAUCUGUUUUCCCUUUCAAGUAUUUACUUUUUCCCUCAGUGUUUCCUGUUGAUUAUGAAAGAAUUUCGUGGAAGGGGCUGAAAAAGAAUUUCACGGGAAUAUGCCUACGUUCCAGCUGCAAACAUGCGCAUUGGAAUGUAAGGAAUUUAGACAGCCCUUUUGGUGAUGUUAUUUGUGCCUUCCUUAUUGCUUCAAAACAAAUAUAAGAAUGGCAUAUCAGGAUAUUACUUGUUUUAAAAAUGGUAACAAUCAAAGCAGAAUGUAUUUAAUACAGGCCAGUGAGUAGGCUUGAGCGGGUUGCCUGUUUCCCAGCCCCUUCAGCUUAUUCAUUUAGAGGAGUGAGUAGCAGCCUCCCUGAUGCUGGCAAUUUAUAUUGCAAUACUUGUUUCUAGGUUAGUUAAUUAUGGCUCCUCUGUUUGCCCUAACAAAGACUAGGAAGUAGCCAUCAAAGGUACGACACUAUAACAUCAACUUCUGUGGAUUGAUUUGGAGACAUAUAGUCAUUACUGUUGAACUUCUAUGGACUGUGGUCUCUCUCUCUGUCAUGCACAAACACAACAGCAUCUCAGGGAUAUGAAAAUUGGUAGCAAUACCUGGAUAUUAUGCCUUUGAAAUGUAGUCCUAUUUGUGCAUCGUCAGACAAUAAUGUAAGGAACAGGCCACAUGCCUUUGAUGCUAAUCUAGCAGCAGGAUAAUGGAAAUACAAGAUGCCUUCUUGUGUGCCGUCUGGAUGUAUUUAGUUGUCUUCUUUAGUUAGGCUAAAUGCAGACCUUCCUGCAGCUGCGUUGCACAUUUGUGCAGUACCAGGUGUGAGCAAAAACAUCAGAGGGUGAUUUCACUCUACAUCUGUUUUCAUAUUUCACACCACUGUAGUGAUUCAUCAAUUGUUGGUCCCAGACUGACAGUAACUGAUGGCUGGCAAUGGUACCCCAGAGUUCAUUUACAUUUUAGUCAUUUAGCAGACACUCUUAUCCAGAGCGACUUAUAGUUAGUGAGUGCAUACAUUUUUCAUACAACUACUAUGUGUGUUCUGAUACAGUCUGGCAACUGGCAAGUCCAUAAGUAUUGUAGGCCUAGUUCUACUUGUCUACCAAGGUCACACUCUUAGAAAAAAAGUUGCUAUCUAGAACCUAAGAGGGUUCUCUGACUGUCACCCUUUGAAGAACCCUUUUUGGUUCCAGGUAGAACCCUUUUGGUUCCAGGUAGAGCACUUUUGGUUCCAUGUAAAACCCUUUCCACAGAGGGUUCUACCUGGAACCCAAAAGGUUUCUCCCGGGAACCAGAAACGGUUCUCCUAUGGGGACAGUCAAAGAACCCUUUUAGUGAUAAUGAAUCAAUCUAUCGGCUGUAUCUAACUCUGUAUACAUCAGUGGAGGCUGGUGGGAGGAGCUAUAGGGGGAUUGUAAUGGCUGGAAUGGAAUAAUGCAACAGUAUCAAAAAUGGAAACCACGUUUGCCUCCGUUCAAUUUAUUCCGUUCCAGCCAUUACAAUGAGCCUGUCCUCCUAUAGCUCCUCCCACCACCGCCACUGGUAUACAUACACAGGAUACACUCUGAUACACAGGAUCAGCUGUAUCAAGCCUGUGGCCAAUAAAACACAUAGACCUGUCAUUUCCUCCUGUCUAUUGAGCGAUGAGCAUGUUCCCUGGUUGUGAAUGGGUUUGUUAAUGUACACCAGACCGGCUAUAUGCAGGGAAACACUUGGGGAUAAAUGUAGGCUUAGACGGGUCAAGCUGCAACAUGUCUCUGUCUGUCAUCAUUCACCAGUCACCUCGCUGUCGGGCAGAGGCUGCUGCUGCAGAAACAUGGGCUUGGAUGAGGAAAACAGACCUUUUGUCUCUGCCUCUGUCACAUGUUCUCAGAAGUGUCUGGUUAUGGCUACUGAGAAAAGCAGGGCUGUUCCAUAAACCAAACAAUAUUCUGUUUGUCUUCUAGGACUUUUGACUAGUAUUUAUAUUAUUAUUAUAUUGGCUAUAUUGGCACCUGCUUUUUGUUUCCAGAGUCUAUUAAAGUAACACUGUUGGAACUUGUAGUUGACAUGCCUCCUUAAUUGUUGUUUCCUAUGUGUGGAAACAAAGUAAAUCUUGGCAUCAUUUCGGAGAAUGGUAUAACAUUUACAUAGGGAGAGAGUAGCUCAUUCCCAUAAUCGCAUUGCCAAACAAACUUUUAGAGCCAUGAACUCUGGACUUUGUACCCUAGCCUGGUGUGGACCACAGUAGCGUGUUUGUUUUAGCUGGGGGCGUCUGUUGACAUAUUUACAGUCACUAGGCUAUUCAUGGACAUUUCUGGUGGUUGUAGACCAGUUUUGUGUCUGUGUUGAAUAUAACUGUUGAUUUUAACACUUUUACUUCCCUGUCUAAUGUCUGUUUCUGAGGCUCUAGGCUUCUGGACGCAUAAGCCCCACACUUUGUUUGUUAAAAUCUAAAGCUGUUAAAUGACUUUUAAUUGCAUCAUUUUGCAACUAUUGUGAAUGAAGGUGGGGGCUUACUGGUGUGAUUACAUGAUUAGAACCAUGGAAUAUUUGAGAAUAGAAACCCCCCAAAGGAACUAAUAUUCCUUUCAAGUCAGGGCUUAGUGGGCCCAUCAACUUAAGACAUUGCAAAAAUGUCUAUUUUCAAAGUAAGUGGUGACCUCUGACGAAAUCAAAUAGGCUACAGGUCACGCAGCUUAGUCAGUUGUUACUCCCCACUGAAUAACCCCUUGAAUAAUUAAUGAGAAAUAACUUUAAUUUAUAGAUUGUUUUAGUGAAGCAUUAUGUACAUUGCAUUUCACAGCCAGUUUCUCAUACUGUAAUGUACAGUAUCCCUCUGAAGGACAAAGUGUGUGACAUCUUAUCAGGAGAUUAGUCCUUUUAAAACACAUGCAUGUUUGCUUUGGCUGACUAUGUUAGCAGUUGCAGUCAGGUUAGAGCUAAUCUGUCUGUACAGUGAUAAACAUUUUCAAUACAACCUAAAGAAAAAUUAAAUCAACCAUAUGAUUACACUUUCCCCAGGGAACCCAGUCAGUUUAAUGAUGAUGGUGUAAUUAGUGUAAAGUAAGGAUUGGCCACACAUUUCUUCUGACAGAUGGUCAGACCUUUCUAUCCAGUUGUACACACUACACAGCAGAUGCCACUUUACUCUACAUCGUUGGGAAAGGGCUAGUCAAUAAGAAUACCUGUUGUAUUCGGGACGUGACAAAAACAAUUUGAUAAUAAUAUUGCUGAUUUAAAGGGGAGACUGUUGGUUUUAAAAGACACCUGUAGAGAGAGACAUUUAGGAACAGAGACUUUGAUCACUAUGCUCCAUGGGUUACCCUUCACCACACUGUCCUCAGGCCUAAUGGAUAAAUCACUGCUCUUGAGUGUCUUGUGACUUGUUUGCAAAGGGAACCCAAGCUCUUUCAUCUAAUAGCUGCUUAAUUUAAGUUGGGAAGAAAGGAUUCCUUUCAUGCUAUGUCAUGCAGUGUUAUGUGUAAUCAGAUUGUUUUAUGCAAUAAAAUAAUCAUUUAGAAUUAUUUUCCUGACAAAAAUUACCCAGAGCCCCUGCAUUCUCUUUUUCUACCUGUUCAACGUUUCUUAUUUAUAUGGAUACCAUCAGGGAAAGAUGUGUAUUCAUACCAGUGAAAUACUACCAUAUUGUUUUAGACUGCAACAGGCUGAUAAUAUCGUAUUAACAGUUAAUAUUAUUGUGAGAUUCAUCUUGUCCCUUUUCUUUUCCUACCGACAGAGUGUCAACCAAAAGCAAGGCCCCCUCUCCCCCAUUAUCAGUGAAGGGCCUGGAUGGUGCAGGCCUCUCCCAGAGACAUUCUGUAUCAGGAUAUCCUCUGAUGACCAUGGACCAGAAGGAGAACCUACUUGAACAGGACCUGACUCUGGUCGUGGUUCUGCCAGGCGGAGUGGAGAAGACGGCCACUGUCCAUGGCAGGUGAGACUUGGGCUUAAGUCUCACAUGGCACCUAUUUAGUGCCUAUGGACCCUGGUCAAAAGUAGUGCACUAAAUAAAUAAAGUGUCCCACUGUGACUAAACACCAACCAAGUGCUCCCAACCUUCCCUCCUUGGAAAGACUUCCAAGAUGAAGCAUCAUCAAAAUGCAUUUUGAGCGUCAGAUAGAUAGAUAGAUAGAUAGAUAGAUAGAUAGAUAGAACAAAAAUAUAAACGCAACGCAACCAUGUUUCAUGAGCUAAAAUAAAAGAUCCCUGAAAUUUUCCAUACGCACAAAAAGCUUAUUUCUCUCAAAUGUUUACAUCCGUGUUAGUGAGCAUUUGUCAUUUGCCAAGAUAGCAUGUCAAGAAGCUGAUUAAACAGCAUGAUCAUUACACAGGUGUACCUUGUGCUGGGGACAAUAAAAGGCCACUCUAAAAUGUGCAGUUUUGUCAGACAACACAAUGCCACAGAUGACUCAAGUUUUGAGGGAGCGUGCAAUUGGCAUGCUGACUGCAGAAAUGUCCAACAGAGCUGUUGCCAGAGAAUUGCAUGUUCAUUUCUCUACCAUAAGCCGCCUCCAACGUUGUUUUAGAGAAUUUAGCAGUGCAACCGGACUCGCAACUGCAGGCCACGUGUAACCACGCCAGGACCUCCACAUCCGGCUUCUUCACCUGCAGGAUCGUCUGAGAAGGGGGAGGGGGGGUGCUGAGGAGUAUUUCUGUCUGUAAUAAAGCCCUUUUGUGGGGAAAAACUCAUUCUGAUUAGCUGGGCCUGGCUCCCCUGCGGGUGGACCUAUGCCCUCCCAGGCCCCACCCAUGGCUUUGCCCCUGCCCAGUCAUGUGACAUCCAUAGAUUAGGGCCUUAUGAAUUUAUUUAAAUUGACUGAUUUCCUUCUAUGAACUGUAACUCAGUCAAAUCUUUGAAAUUGUUGCAUGUUAUGUUUAUUUUUGUUCAGUAUAAAAUGGCAUAUGAUUACUGCACAUCCUUCUACCAUUACAUCAACUUUCCAAGGCUCUAAUGUAAUGUCCUAUUUCUCUGAGUCAUAUAUUGUAGGUGGUGCAGUAAAAGCUGUGGUUUUGGUUAACAGUACUUGCAUCAUUUUAUUGCACCAAGAAGUUUUAUGAUGUGACUGAUUCCUUUCCACUUGCUAAGGUAGAAUGUUAUUUGUGUUUUAGGCACAGUAAUCACAUUUUAUGGUUUAAAUAUGUGUAAAAAAAAAAAUUUCCUGAGCUUUCUUAUCUCCUAUAUAUAGUACACACUUCAAAACCUUAUUCAAAACAUAAAUCAUAAGGAAUGUCUCUUUUGUCAUUAAUGACUAUUAUUCAAUGUGUUUCUAUGGGAUUUGGUAUUAAAGGCGAAAUUCUAUAUAUUUGUUUUGAUACCUAAAGGGGUCCUAAAAUUCAAAAUCAAAUAGCUAAAUGAUCCAUGGUAUGACCAUCUUAAAACAAUUCCAUGUCAGUUUAUACCCCCCCCACAUACAUUUCAUGAAAGUUAGUCUUAUGAAGUCUGGACUGUGAAGCUCUCAUCCACACCAAUUCAGCCGAGACCAAAACGCCUAGUCAGACAAACAUGAGAUUAAUAUCUCAGUCAAAGGGCUUUGUUGUUUUUCAGAACAAGGACUUUGUGUCCUGGUAUGAAACUACAUACCCACACUCUUCACUCUCCAUCACCGAAGUUUACUCAAGAUAUCAUUCUUCUAUUUUUGCAAGACUCAAAUACUCCAUUAGUAUAUUGUGCCCUGCCUCUCCAGCUUUAAUUGAGACCAACUUUAAUAUAAAACGAUUAAGCAUCAAAUUCUUCACCCUCUUUUCUUUUACAGAGUACAGUGAACUCAUUAUGAUAAGGAUUCAACUUUUGGUAUUAUAUUUCCAGAGCCUGGAAUUUGGAAACUGCUGCAUAGCUUUGUGUGGAUGCUGUUGCUAAAUGGUUUUCCACACCACCAACAGUUGUGUGUGUGUGAAGCACAAUCUGACGGCUCCUUAUGCUAAGCUUUAUCACUGUAAAAAAGUAGUGUGAUAAUGCACUACUAUUACGUAGAGUGUAAAAGUAUUCUGUGAUAGCAUCUACUUUCGUGAUAGUACUUUCUCCUUGGCAUUUGCAAAUUCCACAUAAAAAGUUCAGUGUUUUCUCUCUUGAUACACACAGCCUUUUAUCCUUAGCUAGGGCGAUUAUUACUACUAAACUUUGUGUUUUUCAGCAAGCCUAUGAUGGAUUUGUUAGUCAUGCUUUGUGCCAAGUACCACCUGAACCCAUCAGGCCACACUAUAGAGCUCGUCACCACCAACAGAAACCACAUCAAGUUCAAACCCAACGCUUUGAUCGGGGCACUAGAGGCAGAGAAGGUUCUGCUCAAGCCUAAAGGAAUGGAGGAAAAGCAUAAGAAGCCUGGCCCUCAGAUGCCAGAGGUACAGUUGAAACAUCUGUGGUAGAAAUGUACUAGUUAUAUAAGUUAUAAUAAUUGCUUUAUCUUGUAAUGUAUUUUUUCUUUGAGUAUAUAUGAAAUGAGAUGUAUGUAUGUAUGUAUGUAUGUAUGUAUGUAUGUAUGUAUGUAUGUAUGUAUGUAUGUAUGUAUGUAUGUAUGUAUGUAUGUAUAUGUGUAUAUAUAUAUAUAUAUAUAUAUAUAUAUAUAUACACACACACACACACACAGUGGGGAGAACAAGUAUUUGAUACACUGCCGAUUUUGCAGGUUUUCCUACUUACAAAGCAUGUAGAGGUCUGUAAUUUUGAUCAUAGGUACACUUCAACUGUGAGAGACGGAAUCUAAAACAAAAAUCCAGAAAAUCACAUUGUAUGAUUUUUAAGUAAUUAAUUUGCAUUUUAUUGCAUGACAUAAGUAUUUGAUACAUCAGAAAAGCAGAACUUAAUAUUUGGUACAGAAACCUUUGUUUGCAAUUACAGAGAUCAUACGUUUCCUGUAGGUCUUGACCAGGUUUGCACACACUGCAGCAGGGAUUUUGGCCCACUCCUCCAUACAGACCUUCUCCAGAUCCUUCAGGUUUUGGGGCUGUCGCUGAACAAUACGGACUUUCAGCUCCCUCCAAAGAUUUUCUAUUGGGUUCAGGUCUGGAGACUGCCUAGGCCACUCCAGGACCUUGAGAUGCUUCUUACGGAGCCACUCCUUAGUUGCCCUGGCUGUGUGUUUCGGGUUGUUGUCAUGCUGGAAGACCCAGCGAUGACCCAUCUUCAAUGCUCUUACUGAGGGAAGGAGGUUGUUGGCCAAGAUCUCGCGAUACAUGGCCCCAUCCAUCCUCCCCUCAAUACGGUGCAGUCGUCCUGUCCCCUUUGCAGAAAAGCAUCCCCAAAGAAUGAUGUUUCCACCUCCAUGCUUCACGGUUGGGAUGGUGUUCUUGGGGUUGUACUCAUCCUUUUUCUUCCUCCAAACACGGCGAGUGGAGUUUAGACCAAAAAGCUCUAUUUUUGUCUCAUCAGACCACAUGACCUUCUCCCAUUCCUCCUCUGGAUCAUCCAGAUGGUCAUUGGCAAACUUCAGACGGGCCUGGACAUGCGCUGGCUUGAGCAGGGGGACCUUGCGUGCGCUGCAGGAUUUUAAUCCAUGACGGCGUAGUGUGUUACUAAUGGUUUUCUUCGAGACUGUGGUCCCAGCUCUCUUCAGGUCAUUGACCAGGUCCUGCCGUGUAGUUUUGGGCUGAUCCCUCACCUUCCUCAUGAUCAUUGAUGCCCCACGAGGUGCCCCACGAGGUGAAGAUCACGAAGAUCUUGCAUGGAGCCCCAGACCGAGGGUGAUUGACCGUUAUCUUGAACUUCUUACAUUUUCUAAUAAUUGCGCCAACAGUUGUUGCUUUCUCACCAAGCUGCUUGCCUAUUGUCCUGUAGCCCAUCCCAGCCUUGUGCAGGUCUACAAUUUUAUCCCUGAUGUCCUUACACAGCUCUCUGGUCUUGGCCAUUGUGGAGAGGUUGGAGUCUGUUUGAUUGAGUGUGUGGACAGGUGUCUUUUAUACAGGUAACGAGUUCAAACAGGUGCAGUUAAUACAGGUAAUGAGUGGAGAACAGGAGGGCUUCUUAAAGAAAAACUAACAGGUCUGUGAGAGCCGGAAUUCUUACUGGUUGGUAGGUGAUCAAAUACUUAUGUCAUGCAUAAAAUGCAAAUGAAUUACUUAAAAAUCAUACAAUGUGAUUUUCUGGAUUUUUGUUUUCGAUUCCAUCUCUCACAGUUGAAGUGUACCUAUGAUAAAAAUUACAGACCUCUACAUGCUUUGUAAGUAGGAAAACCUGCAAAAUUGGCAGUGUAUCAAAUACUUGUUCUCCCCACUGUGUGUGUAUAUAUAUAUAUAUACAGUGGGGAAAAAAAGUAUUUAGUCAGCCACCAAUUGUGCAAGUUCUCCCACUUAAAAAGAUGAGAGAGGCCUGUAAUUUUCAUCAUAGGUACACGUCAACUAUGACAGACAAAUUGAGGAAAAAAAAUCCAGAAAAUCACAUUGUAGGAUUUUUAAUGAAUUUAUUUGCAAAUUAUGGUGGAAAAUAAGUAUUUGGUCACCUACAAACAAGCAAGAUUUCUGGCUCUCACAGACCUGUAACUUCUUCUUUAAGAGGCUCCUCUGUCCUCCACUCGUUACCUGUAUUAAUGGCACCUGUUUGAACUUGUUAUCAGUAUAAAAGACACCUGUCCACAACCUCAAACAGUCACACUCCAAACUCCACUAUGGCCAAGACCAAAGAGCUGUCAAAGGACACCAGAAACAAAAUUGUAGACCUGCACCAGGCUGGGAAGACUGAAUCUGCAAUAGGUAAGCAGCUUGGUUUGAAGAAAUCAACUGUGGGAGCAAUUAUUAGGAAAUGGAAGACAUACAAGACCACUGAUAAUCUCCCUCGAUCUGGGGCUCCACGCAAGAUCUCACCCCGUGGGUUCAAAAUGAUCACAAGAACGGUGAGCAAAAAUCCCAGAACCACAAGGGGGGACCUAGUGAAUGACCUGCAGAGAGCUGGGACCAAAGUAACAAAGCUUACCAUCAGUAACACACUACGCCGCCAGGGACUCAAAUGCUGCAGUGCCAGACGUGUCCCCCUGCUUAAGCCAGUACAUGUCCAGGCCCGUCUGAAGUUUGCUAGAGUGCAUUUGGAUGAUCCAGAAGAGGAUUGGGAGAAUGUCAGAUGGAACCAAAAUAUAACUUUUUUGUAAAAACUCAACUCGUCGUGUUUGGAGGACAAAGAAUGCUGAGUUGCAUCCAAAGAACACCAUACCUACUGUGAAGCAUGGGGGUGGAAACAUCAUGCUUUGGGGCUGUUUUUCUGCAAAGGGACCAGGACGACUGAUCCGUGUAAAGGAAAGAAUGAAUGGGGCCAUGUAUCGUGAGAUUUUGAGUGAAAACCUCCUUCCAUCAGCAAGGGCAUUGAAGAUGAAACAUGGCUGGGUCUUUCAGCAUGACAAUGAUCUCAAACACACCGCCCGGGCAACGAAGGAGUGGCUUCGUAAGAAGCAUUUCAAGGUCCUGGAGUGGCCUAGCCAGUCUCCAGAUCUCAACCCCAUAGAAAAUCUUUGGAGGGAGUUGAAAGUCUGUGUUGCCCAGCGACAGCCCCAAAACAUCACUGCUCUAGAGGAGAUCUGCAUGGAGGAAAGGGCCAAAAUACCAGCAACAGUGUGUGAAAACCUUGUGAAGACUUACAGAAAACGUUUGACCUGUGUCAUUGCCAACAAAGGGUAUAUAACAAAGUAUUGAGAAACUUUUGUUAUUGACCAAAUACUUAUUUUCCACCAUAAUUUGCAAAUAAAUUCAUUAAAAAUCCUACAAUGUGAUUUUCUGGAUUUUCUUUUCUCAUUUUGUCUGUCAUAGUUGACGUGUACCUAUGAUGAAAAUUACAGGCCUCUCUCACCUUUUUAAGUGGGAGAACUUGCACAAUUGGUGGCUGACUAAAUACUUUUUUCCCCCACUGUAUAUAUAUAUAUAUAUAUACACACAUACACACACUCCCCACUGUGUGUGUGUGUGUGUGUAUGUAUGUGUAUAUAUAUAUAUAUAUAUAGUGAUUGAAAAAAGUAUUUGAUCCCCUGCUGAUUUUGUACGUUUGCCCACUGACAAAGACAUGAUCAGUCUAUAAUUUUAAUGGUAGGUUUAUAUGAACAGUGAGAGACAGAAUAACAACAAAAAAAUCCAGAAAAAUGCGUGUUAAAAAUGUUAGAAAUUGAUUUGCAUUUUAAUGAUGGAAAUAAGUAUUUGACCCCUCUGCAAAACAUGACUUAGUACGUUUUGGCAAAACCCUCGUUGGCAAUCACAGAGGUCAGACGUUUCUUUAAGUUGGCCACCAGGUUUGCACACAUCUCUGGAGGGAUUUUGUCCCACUCCUCUUUGCAGAUCUUCUCCGUCAUUAAGGUUUCGAGGCUGACGUUUGGCAACUCGAACCUUCAGCUCCCUCCACAGAUUUUCUAUGGGAUUAAGGUCUGGAGACUGGCUAGGCCACUCCAGGACCUUAAUGUGCUUAUUCUUGAGCCACUCCUUUGUUGCCUUGGAUGUGUGUUUUGGGUCAUUGUCAUGCUGGAAUACCCAUCCAUGACCCAUUUUCAAUGCCCUGGCUGAGGGAAGGAGGUUCUCAUCCAAGAUUUGACGGUACAUGGCCCCGUCCAUCGUCCCUUUGAUGCGGUGAAGUUGUCCUGUCCCCUUAGCAGAAAAACACCCCCAAAGCAUAAUGUUUCCACCUCCAUGUUUGACAGGGGGGAUGGUGUUCUUGGGGUCAUAGGCAGCAUUCCUCCACCUCCAAACACGGCGAGUUGAGUUGAUGCCAAAGAGCUUGAUUUUGGUCUCAUCUGACCACAACACUUUCACCCAGUUCUCCUCUGAAUCAUUCAGAUGUUCAUUGGCAAACUUCAGACAGCCCUGUAUAUGUGCUUUCUUGAGCAGGGGGACCUUGCGGGCGCUGCAGGAUUUCAGUCCUUCACGGCGUAGUGUGUUACCAAUUGUUUUCUUGGUGACUAUGGUCCCAGCUGCCUUGAGAUCAUUGACAAGAUCCUCCCGUGUAGUUCUGGGCUGAUUCCUCACCGUUCUCAUGAUCAUUGCAACUCCACGAGGUGAGAUCUUGCAUGGAUCCCCAGGCCGAGGGAGAUGGACAGUUCUUUUGUGUUUCUUCCAUUUGCGAAUAAUCACACCAACUGUUGUCACCUUCUCACGAAGCUGCUUGGCGAUGGUCUUGUAGCCCAUUCCAGCCUUGUGUAGGUCUACAAUCUUGUCCCUGACAUCCUUGGAGAGCUCUUUGGUCUUGGCCAUUGUGGAGACUUUGGAAUCUGAUUGAUUGCUUCUGUGGACAGGUGUCUUUUUAUACAGGUAAUAAACGGAGAUUAGGAGCACUCCCUUUAAGAGUGUGCUCCUAAUCUCAGUUCGUUACCUGUAUAAAAGACACCUGGGAGCCAGAAAUCUUUCUGAUUGAGAGGGGGUCAAAUACUUAUUUCCCUCAUUAAAAUGCAAAUCAAUUUAUAACAUUUUUGACAUGCGUUUUUCUGGAUUUUUUUGUUGGUAUUCUGUCUCUCACUGUUCAAAUAAACCUACCAUUAAAAUUAUAGACUGAUCAUGUCUUUGUCAGUGGGCAAACGUACAAAAUCAGCAGGGGAUCAAAUACUUUUUUCCCUUACUAUAUAUAUAUAUAUAUACGUGUAUGUGUGUGUAUAUAUAUGUGUGUGUGUGUUCUUUAAGUACUUUUUCUAGCAGUUUUUAAUGAGGAUAGUAAUGAGGUCUGAUAAUCUAAUUUCUUUGACUCUCCAGGCAACUGUCCGUCUGGUAAUAAACUAUAAAAAGACCCAGAAAACUAUACUAAGAGUCAGCCCUCGAGUCCCCCUUGAAGACCUCUUACCAGCUAUUUGUGAGAAAUGUGAAUUUGACAGACUGAGCACACUUUUAUUGAGAGAUGCCCAAUCUGAGGAUCCUUUGGAUUUGACCUGUUCUCUCAAUGAUUUUGCAAUAAGGGAGGUUUAUGCAAGGGACACAACUGGUAAGGGCUUCUCUAAAACCAUCAGCCUUCAAAACAUUCAUUAAUCUGAAUAAAUACCAUACAUUCUGAACUAAUCUCGGCACCCAGAGCCAAAUCUUGUGUGUUAAAUCUGUCAACAAGAGACUUAUUCUGAAUGAACACUAUUCACCAUUCAUUCAUUUUACAAUUACACAGGUGCAUUUACUACCGAAUAUCAUUUCCAUCUUCUCUUUCAUAGCUAUGUACUCAGCAGAUGUACCUGCCUCACCUACUACACCAACUCAUCAAGGUCAUCGAGGUAAUGUAACAUGAAUUUAUUAGCUAUGUUUUUACAUGGGUUUUAUUUUGCGAUUUCCAUUUACCACUGACAUGAUGCAUUUGAAGUCAAGUUCAUCAAUACUUUGACAGGAAUUUAAGAAACGUUGUCAGUAAGAUCUAUAUAUUCCUAACAGAUACCAUUCCACCCAGUGAAGAUAAAACCCAGAAGGAGAAAGAAAACAAGGGAAUGUUCAGUCUAUUCAGGAGAAGUAAGAAAAAACCUGAGCAGGUGUGUACUCUUCAUUUACAGGUCAGUUUUGUCUGAUUAUGAGUUAAACGUGGGUGUUGGAGCGGGGCAAGGGGAUAUUGUCACAGCCUUGUGAUUGGAUAGUUUUCUCUUUGCUUACUGCAGAAAACAGGCCUUUGAUCUGAUUGGAUGUUUGUUUGCUCUUUAAAGGGAAUGACUGCCAGUGCCCCGGCGUCCCCAGUCUUCCCUAGCAAGCCUCGACCUCUCAGCAUGAGCUCACUCAGUGCCCACUCCUCCACAUUCAACUGCAGCACCAUGCCUUCUGACAUGCCAAAGAAGAGACGGGCUCCUCUGCCCCCCAUGCUGGUGUCCCAGAGCUGCCCCUCUAACCUGAGCCAUCGUCAGAGGUCCAUCUCAGCCUCGGAGCCCGAAACCCAAACGGACAGUGACCAGGUGAGUGGGACUUAACCCAACUGGAUCUGUGUUCUGGCUUUACCAGGUCUGUCUGUAAGUCUGGAUGCUCAUGAGAAAUAGAUAUCCAGAGAAAUGGCUCGUGAUGCAUUUUUUAAAAUUUAAAUCCUAGACAAGUAAAUCAAUAAUUUCAGGUAGGUUACUCCUUUGCAUACUUCAACUAAAUCUGUAACUGGUUUUUCCUCUUCUGUUGUGGAGAUUACUGGUCUGAGUCGCAGCACAGAGUCUUCCUUGAAGAGGACAAAGCGCAAGGCUCCUCCACCCCCCGCAUCUCCUGGAGUGGUAGUCCAAGAUGAAGCUUUGCUAGAUAGAGGUAAGAAAGGUUUCACUGGAUUCAUACGUACUGUAUUUAAUUGGCUUGUGCUCAACCCCCUAUCUACAUACUGUAUUUCAGGUGUACAUUUUCUUACAUUAGGGAGUUACUUGGAAAAUAGCAUCUUUAGGCAAAUUUUUUGGAUGUUGGUGAUUUAGUUGCUCUUUCUCCUGGUUUGAGACCUUGAGUACAUAUCUUGUACUUUGGUCUCUAAAGUCAACAACUGAGAAUAGUAAAUAAGACCAAUGAUUGGUCAUUGUAUUUGACUCUGAUGCCUCCUAGUGGUCAAUAUGAAACGGUUACAGAACGAAUCGCUAAGCUUGUGGAGCCAGCAGUACUCCUUGAGAGUUUGAAUACAAUUCAGAGUUGCAAAAAUGUUUGUGAUAUCAUGGGAUAUAUAUAUAUAUGGUCCUUGCAUUCUUAUGUUCCUCCAUAAGGGUAAAGACCAUGUUCUAUAAGUAGUUCCUCUCUAAACUUGCAGCCUGCAAGUCACCAGAGGAGGGUGUCUGAGGGAGAUUCUGCGCUGCUGAAGCUUCCUGUUGUCUCUUCUACCCACUCUGCUCUGCUACCUCUUUUACCUCCUCCUCAAGCAUCUCCUCUUCUUCCUGCACUGGCCUGCUGCUUUUCCUCCUCACGCUUUUGGUCAGUCGGAUGAAAAUGUGCUAUUCUGUUGGUUUUCGUGCUGCAUGUUUAAGCCUUCCUGCAUGAGUUUUCAUUGGCUCCUUUUUCAAUGUACUUCAACAUGAUCAAAUUGGUAAAAAAUACACUCUUGAACACAAUAAUACAGACAUAAAUACAUGCAAUACUUAGUUGAGAUACAUUAAAAGACAGAGUUUCCAGACUUUUGACCCAAUUUUUAUCAUACAAAAAAGCGUAGAUGGUUUAUAUGGGUUUAUAAUUAUAAAGUGAUGUAAAUCAGACACACUGUUAUUCAAGUGAAACACCUCUGAAAGCACUAUCCGGAAAUCCACUAACUGCUAUUGAUUGAAUACCGGCUUUUGGUUAUAUCUGUUAUUUGUUACUGACUAGCUUAGAUUGGGUUGCAUGCUUUCUGUGAGAGAAGAGUGAUCUUUAGUGAUCUUUAAAGUUUAAACAUACAGUACCAGUCAAAAGUUUGGGCACACCUACUCAUUCAAGGGUUUUUCUUUAUUUGUACUCAUUUAUUUUCUACAUUGUAGAAUAUAGUGAAGACAUCAAAACUAUGAAAAUACACAUCAUGUAGUAACCAAAAAAGUGUUGAACAAAUCAAAAUAUUUUAUAUUUGAGAUUCUUAAAAUAGCCACCCUUUGCCUUGAUGACAGCUUUGCACACUCUUGGCAUUCUCUCAACCAGCUUCACCUGGAAUGCUUUUCCAACUGUCCUGAAGGAGUUCCCACAUAUGCUGAGCACUUUUUGGCUGCUUUUCCUUCACUCUGCCGUCUGACUCAUCCCAAACCAUCUCAAUUGGGUUGAGGUCGGGGGAUUGUGGAGGCCAGGUCAUCUGAUGGAGCACUCCCUCACUAUCCUUCUUGGUAAAAUUGCCUUUACACAGCCUGGAGGUGUGUUGGGUCAUUGUCCUGUUGAAAAACAAAUGAUAAUCCCACUAAGCCCAAACCCGAUGGGAUGGGGUAUUGCUGCAGAAUGCUGUAGUAGCCAUGCUGGUUAAGUGUGCCUUGAAUUCUAAAUCAGACAGUGUUACCAGCAAAGCACCCCCACACCAUAACACCUUCUCCUCCAUGCUUUACGGUGGGAACUACACAUGCGGAGAUCAUCCGUUCACCCACACCGCAUCUCACAAAGACACGACGGUUUGAACCAAAAAAAAUCCAAUUUGGACUACAGACCAAAAGCCUGAUUCACACAGUCCCCUCUGAACAGUUGAUGUUGAGAUGUGUCUGUUACUUGAACUCUGUGAAGCAUUUAUUUGGGCUGCAAUUUCUGAGGCUGGUAACUCUAAUGAACUUAUCCUCUGCAGCAGAGGUAACUCUGGGUCUUCCAUUCCUGUGGUGGUCCUCAUGAGAGCCCGUUUCAUCAUAGCGCUUGAUGUUUUUUGCGUCUGCACUUGAAGAAACUUUCAAAGUUCUUGAAAUGUUCCGUAUUGACUGUCCUUCAUGUCUUAAAGUAAUGACGGACUGUCAUUUCGCUUUGCUCAUAUGAGCUGUUCUUGUCACAAUAUGGACUUGGUCUUUUACCAAAUAGGGCAAUCUUCUGUAUACCCCCUUACCUUGUCACAACACAACUGAUUGGCUCAAACGCAUUAAGAAGGGAAAAAAAUCCACAAAUUCACUUUUAAGAAGGUACACUUGUUAAUUGAAAUGCAUUCCAGGUGACUACCUCAUGAAGCUUGUUGAGAGAAUGCCAAGAGUGUGCAAAGCUGUCAUCAAGGCAAAGGGUGGCUAUUUGAAGAAUCUCAAAUAUAAAAUAUAUUUUGAUUUGUUGAACACUUUUUUGGUUACUACAUGAUUCCAUAUGUGUUAUGUCAUAGUUUUGACAUCUUCACUAUUAUCCUACAAUGUAAAAAUAAAGAAAAACCCUUGAAUGAGUAGGUGUGUCCAAACUUUUGACUGGUAGUGUACAUGAAGUACAUUCUAAUCACUCCCAGUCAUUCUAAUCACUCCCAGUUAUUCAGCAAUACAGACAGCCCCGGGAGACUUUGUGUUGGAUCUAGGCAUCUUCCUCUUUUUUGUUUAUUCUGAAUUUUGUUUUUGUAGUUUCAAAUGGCUCUUUUGCUACUUGUUUCUAUUCUGUUCCUGUCUUUUGUAACAUGUUUGAAGUCUCCAGUUAUGCUUUCCACAUGUUCUUUUUACUUCAACUCAUUGUGUUGUCAGACCUGAGUGUAUUUCAUAGAAACUUAAUUUGUAAGUUCAGUAUUUGAAUACCACACUAGCCAAUUCUCCCAGAUCGUAUGAAUAAAACAAGUGUCCUCCUAAAGAUUUGACUGCUCUCUGCUUGUAAUGCUACAUCUUCCAUCUGCCCUCCCUCCCCCGCUGGCUUCACAUAAUCGACUUCACAGAGAAAGAUCAGGCCCAGAUUCUGGAUGUCUCUCCCUGACGUCCAACGGCUGUUCACUUCAGUUAGAUAUCACAGGCUGCACAGUGAGGAGUCUCUGCUUUAUAUAACCAGCCUGCUGAAUAUUGCUUCUGCUCUCUAUUUCUCUGUGAUGGCCUUGAAGAACUAAAGGGGAAUAUGAGAUGCUAGAUGUCUUCAUUAAGCCCAAUUCACUUGUCUGAAGUAUCCCUAACACAAUAAUAUUAUGUUUGCUGUUGUGUGAUUGUGAAAGUGAUGUUAGUAAUACUAAAUCAGCUUUCUAUCAGUUUACAGUGCCUUAAAGUAUUCAUACCCCUUGACUUAUUCCACAUUUUGUUGUGUUACAGCCUGAAUUCAAAAUGGAUUAACUUGAUUUUGUUUCUCACCCAUUUACACACAAUACCCCAUAAUGACAAAGUAAAAACAUAUUUUUAGAAAAUGUUGCAAAUUUAUCGAAAAUGAAAUACAGAAAUAUUUAAUUUACAUAGUGCCGUGAAAAAGUAUUAGCCCCCUUUCUGAUUUUCUCUAUUUGUGCAUAUUUAUUUAUACUGAAUGUUAUCAGAUCUUCAACCAAAACCUAAUAUUAGAUAAAGGGAACCUGAGUUUACAAAUAACAAAAAAAGAUACUUAUUUUAUUCAUUUAAUUAACAAAGUUAAGCAACACCCAAUUCCCCUGUGUGAAAAAGUAAUUACCUCUUACACUCAAUAACUGGUUGUGCCACCUUUAGCUGCAAUGACUAAAUGCUUAAUGUAGUUGUUGAUCAGUCUCUCACAUCGAUGUGGAGGAAUUUUGGCCCACUCUUGCAUGCAGAGCUGCUUUAACUCAGUGACAUUUGUGGAUUUUCAAGCAUGAACUGCUUGUUUCAAGUCCUGACACAACAUCUCAAUUGGGAUUAGGUCUGGAAUUUGACUAGGCCAUUCCAAAACUUCAAAUUUGUUGCUUUUAACCAUUUUCAUGUGGACUUGAUUGUGUGUUUUGGAUCAUUGUCUUGCUGCAUGACCCAGCUGCACUUCAGCUUCAGCUCAUAGAGGCUGGCCUGGCAUUCUCCUGUAGAAGUAUCUGAUACAGAGCAGAGUUCAGGGUUCUUUCUAUUAAGGCAAGUUGUCCAGGUCCUGAGGCAGCAAAGCAUCCCCAAACCAUCACACUACCACCACCAUUCAAACUGUGGAAUGCAGUGUUUUGGUUUUCGCCAGACAUAAUGAGACGCAUCUCGUCCAAAAAGUUGACUCAAGUUUGUCAAAAAUCACCUGGAGGCACCUGGAUGAUCAUCAAGACUCUUGGAAGAAUGUUCUAUGGACAGAUGAGUCAAAAGUAUAACUUUUUGGACGACAUGGGUCCCAUUUAUGCCUGGUGAAAACAAACACUGCAUUCCACAGUAAGAACCUCAUUUGCAAAAGUAGAGAACAUUUGAAAUAAUGGGGCAAAUACUUUUUCACAGCACUGUCGGUAUUCACACACUUAUUCAAUACUUUGUAGAAUCACCUUUGGCAGCGAUUACAGCUGUGAGUCUUUCUGGGUAAGUCUCUAAGAGUUUUCCAGACCUGGAUUGUGCAACAUUUGCCCAUUAUUCUUUUCAAAAUACUUCAAUCUCUGUCAAAUUGGUUGUUGAUCAUUUCUAGACAACCAUUUUCAUGUCUUGCCAUAGAUUUUCACAUCAAUUUAAGUCAAAACUGUAUCUCAGCCACUCAGGAACAUUCACUGUCUUCUGGUGGAAAGCAGACUGAACCAGGUUUUCCUCUAGGAUUUUGCCUGUGCUUAGCUCCAUUCAGUUUCUUUUUUCUCCCUGAAAAACUCCCCAGUCCUUAACGAUUACAAGCAUACCCAUAACAUUAUGCAGCCACCACUAUGCUUGAAAAUAUGGAGAGUGGUACUCAGUAAUGUGUUGUAUUGGAUUUUCCCAAAACAUAACUUUUUGUUCAAAGUGAAUUGCUUUGCCAGAUUUUUUGCAGUAUUACUUUAGUUCCUUGUUGCAAACUGGAUGCGUGUUUUGGAAUAUUUUUAUUCUGUACAGGCUUCCUUCUUUUCACUCUGUCAAUUAGGUUAGUAUUGUGGAGUAACUAAAAUGUUGUUGAUCCAUCCUCAGUUCUCUCCUAUCACAGCCAUUACACUCAAACUGUUUUAAAGUCACCAUUCGCCUCAUGGUGAAAUCCCUGAGCGGUUUCCUUCCUCUCCGGAAACUGAUUUAAGAAAGAUGCCUUUAUCUUUGUAGUGACUGGGUGUAUUGAUACACAAUCCAAAGUGUAAUUAAUAACUUCACCAAGCUCAAAGGGAUAUUCAGUGUCUGCUUUUUAAAAACAUCUCUACCCAUCUUCGAAUAGGUGCCCUUCUUUGCGAGGCAUUGGAAAACAUCCCUGGUCUUUGUGGUUGAAUUUGUGGUUGGAAUUCACUGCUUGACUGAGGGACCUUCACAAUUAUCUGUAUGUGUUGGGCACUGAGAUGAGGUAGUCAUUCAAAAAUAAUGUUAAACACUAUUAUUGCGAGUGAGUCCAUGCAACUUAUGUGACUUUUUAAGCAGAUUUUACUCCUGAACUUACUUGCCAUAAAAAAAGCGGUUGAAUACUUUUAAUUUGUAAUUAAUUUGUAAACAUUUUGAAAAACAUACUUCCACUUUGACAUUAUGGGGUAUUGUGUGUAGGCCAGUGACACAAAAUCGCAAUUUAAUCCAUUUAAAAUUCUGACUGUUACUCAAUAAAAUGUGGAAAAAGUCAAGGGGUGUUCAUAUUUUCUGAAGGCAUUGUAUAUACCUGCUGCUUCAUUCUGAAGUGGAGGAGUACUUCUCUUAUUUACAGUAUUUGCUGAAUUAACUGAUUCUCUUUAAUAUUGAAAGUCUGACCGAAUGGCUAGAGACCACAUUCUCCUCCCCAUCACAUCACCAUUACUCAUCACACUACAGUUCUACUGUUGUUCUUCAUCGCAACUUAGAUGAGACAAUGCAGAUUUUGUUUCUUCAAUUUUUACGAUUCUCAACUGAAAAUGUCCUCUUGUCAUCUUCCCUCCUGUUGUGCUGCAGGUGGCCAACCUACUACACUGGAAGAGAUUAUGGAGCAGGAGGAGACAACUGCCUCUGUAGUCCUAGACUCUAUGAGUGAUGUCCAGGAGGACGACAGCAGCCUCAACCUGUCAACAGCAGACAUCUCUGUGGACUCUGAGAGAACCGAGGGUGUCUCUCCACCCCCGGACGCCCCGCACGCUGAGAUGGAGAACUCCCCACCACCCGAGAGCGAGUACCCAGCGGGGGAAGAUCAGUCUUGUGAUCUGUCCUCAGAUGGCAAGUACGAACUCUAGCAGAUAGUCCUACACUAUGAAUUAAGUAGUGCCUCUUUGACUUGGGUUUUUGCAUUGCUUUUCUUAACUCCUGUUUUUGACAGAUUAGUGCACAGCAUGGUGAAAAACGCUGAGUGCACGGUUCCCAUGCUGAGUGUGGAGAUGGACACAUCUGAAGCAGCAGAUGUUGGUAGGUUUACAAGUAGUGAUGAAUUCAAGUUCCUAAUGCGUUAACUAUGGAUUUAAUGCUAUAGCUUUUGUAGCAAUGUUGGCAAAAUCCAUGUCUACUUUGUACUAAAUCAUGUUUUUUUGUUCUCCAGAAAGCCCUCCAUACCAAGCUGAGGAAAUAAGUGGUCAGACAGGUUUUCCAUGUGAAGAUUCCACAACACAAGAUGGGGCCAAAGGUGAAUGCAGUACUGAGAGCUCUCCUACUAUCAACCCACCAGCAGCCCAGCCGGUGACACAGAGCACAGGAACACAGGCCUCAGAUCAUCUGGACUCUGACCCGUCCUGUGAUGAACGACCAGUGGCCACCAGCACCCCCUUUCUCCCUGCUGAAGAUGCCCAGGUCCAAACUAAUCUCACGCCGCCAUGUCCCGUGUCACCACCCCAACAACAGGAAGUGCCUCCCCCUGCCAAAGCCUCUACCUCUGGAGCGGUGGGGCAGAAGAGGGACAUGUCCACAUCCACAGAGGAGCUGCUGACCACUGCUGAACCCAUCACACCUGCCUUAUCUCCUGCCUCUGCAGCCCAUCAGGGCCAAAUGUCCACUGAAAGUGCCCCAGCCCCACCGAAGCCAUCCAAUGAGCUGACCAGGGACUACAUCCCCAAGGUGGGGAUGACUACGUACACUAUCGUGCCUCAGAAGACUCUGGAGAAACUGAGAUACUUUGAGGUGGCGCUGACGUUGGAGUCCCCUCAUGUGGCUCUAGAGAAGGAAGUAGACAUUGGUUCACUUGAACUCAAAGACUGCACUACACAGGCUGAGCAGUUACAGGUCAGAACAGAACAGACAGAGCUGCCGUCUACUGUACCUAGGGAAGACUCUCAGUUUCAGCAAGUCCACAGCACUACUACUAGUGAGAGCACUGUAAAUGGCAACGUGAUCGAGUCUAUUCACUCCCCCUCAACACCAACAACAAUACUUCCUGCAAGAGAUGACAAGAUUCCAUCCCCUGCUAGUGGUGGAGACCAAGCAGGCUCAAUAGCAGAGGUCAAGGAGAUGAAAAUUCCACCCGCAACUAAACCCAAGCCUGGCUCUUUCCGCUUGCCACAGCACAAAAGAACACCUGGUUAUUAUGUAACCUCAGCUGCAGUGAAAAGUUUGAGUGCCAGUCCUGACGCUGGCCAGAGGGAGGCUCCAGGCAGUCUAGUGGCAGCAGCAGCGCAGGCCCUGCAGCCAGUAGGGGGCAGCUUCCCCCCUCCUCCUCCUCCGGUGCAAUGGGACGAGGAGACAUCAGAGGGCGCUGAAGUAAUUGAUGUAGAGCUGAGGCCAAAGGAGGAAGAGAACAGAAGUGUACCCCCUCCACAGCCCAGUCCCUUCAGGGCGCCCCCAUCCCCAGGACUGAGCCUGGAGAAACUGAGGAGUUUUACUGCUCCCAAACCCUACUCUCCUACUACCCCAUCCCGCUUUGCCCAAGCUGUAUCUUCGGCGGUCAAAAGGUCCCAGUCCUUAUCCACUGGGUCCACCUCACCAUCUCCUCGCUCGCCACCAUUCUACCCAUUCACAAGCCGCUUUUUAGUUAAAGAUCCUAAAGGAACAGAUAGGGAUAAGGUGAGUAGUUGCAGAUGUUUUGUGUCAUGUUCUUUCUAUUAGACUCUGUUUUCUCUAUAUUAGAACAUACAGUAGUAAUCUGGAUAUUUAUCUAAUUAAAUUCAAUUCUAAAUACUUUAUUUAUCCUACAAGGAUAGUGUAUCUUCACAGCUCACUACACUGAAUGACAAAAAGCAAAGUAGUUGCUUUUCUCAACAUUUUGAGGCUCAAAUGUUAAUUGCUUUGAUACUUGUAUUUAAGUUCAAAGCAUAGGACUACUUUAAAAAAUACUUUGCAGUAGAAUUGAAUAUCUCAUCACAAGAUGAUUAAAAGUGAUCCAUGUUUCACUGGCAGUGCUAUCUCUAAACAUUUGGCUACCCUCGGAUGAACUCUCCAGUCUGCUGUUUUCCCAUGUCCUUUAGGGUCAGCUUUGAGACUGUUGAAUAACACAGGAAAGGGGAGGUGUACUCCUCUCUGAGAAUGUAUAUACCAUUUUCUCUCAAUGGAAUUGGAACACUCUACAAUAAGCUUUUGUUCUGAGGCUGAGUGUGUUUUUUCCCCCGUGUGGCCUGGUAAACAAUCCUAGCUGCUUAUCCCACCUCUUAGACACCUUGACCUGUGACACGUCCCCUCCCUGAGAGACGGUGCCGGUGUGCCUGCGUGUCAAUGAUGUGCCUGUCCCUGGGAGCCAGUGGGGAACACUUUGUAUCUCCUUGUUAAUAGCCUGAGUGCACGUCUUUUACCAUAGUUAUUCCUGAAGGACUCUGUACCGGGCCUAUACCGUAUUGUACAGGUUGUUGACGUAUGUAAAGCAUGUACAGCAGUGUCUUUCGAGUUUCUCGGUAUUGACUGGCACACUCAGUUCUGAGUCUUGAUUGAUUAUGUACAUUGUGUCUUCUCUGCUGAGCACAGGGCAGUGACAAUAGAGAUUGGGUGAAGGACAAAGACUUGGAGCUCCAGGGAGGGGGGGACCCGUGCGGUGUCCCAGCCAGUGACAUGACUGUUCAGAUGGCAGGCCAGAGUGACCCUGAGCAGCGCCUCAGUACGUGUGGAGAGAAGCUGAGAAGAAACGGAUCAACAGAGACAUCUACAGUAAGUACUAGACUGUCACAUAACAUAGUGUUAUAACAUGGUGUUAAGUGGGGAGGGACUGAGACAGUGUCAUAUUGCAACAGUGUCAUAUUACAGUAGGGAGUCUACGUACUGUAAUAUGACACUGUCGCGGUCACUCCCCACUUAACAUCAUGUUAUAACACUAUGUUAUGUGACAGUCUAGUACUUACUGUAGAUGUCUCUGUUGAUCCGUUUCUUCUCAGCUCCUCUCCACACGUACUGAGGCGCUGCUCAGGUUCACUCUGGCCUGCCAUCUGAACAGUCAUGUCACUGGCUGGGACACCGCACAGGUCCCCCCCUCCCUGGAGCUCCAAGCCUUUGUCCUUCACCCAAUCUCUAUUGUCACUGCCCUGUGCUCAGCAGAGAAGACACAAUGUACAUAAUCAAUCAAGACUCAGAACUGAGUGUGCCAGUCAAUACCGAGAAACUCGAAAGAAGACACUGCUGUACAUGCUUUACAUAUGUCAACAACCUGUACAAUACGGUAUAGGCCCGGUACAGAGUCCUUCAGGAAUAACUAUGGUAAAAGACGUGCACUCAGGCUAUUAACAAGGAGAUACAAAGUGUUCCCCACUGGCUCCCAGGGACAGGCACAUCAUUGACACGCAGGCACACCGGCACCGUCUCUCAGGGAGGGGACGUGUCACAGGUCAAGGUGUCUAAGAGGUGGGAUAAGCAGCUAGGAUUGUUUACCAGGCCACACGGGGGAAAAAACACACUCAGUGUCAGAACAAAAGCUUAUUGUAGAGUGUUCCAAUUCCAUUGAGAGUCUAGUACUUACUGUAGAUGUCUCUGUUGAUCCGUUUCUUCUCAGCUCCUCUCCAAACGUACUGAGGCGCUGCUCAAGGUCACUCUGGCCUGCCAUCUGAACAGUCAUGUCACUGGCUGCCCCUCCCUGGAGCUCCAAGCCUUUGUCCUUCUCAGACUACAUUAAUUUAUGUAUAAUUGCGUUGAGUUAAGUUUAAAGUUUGCUCUUUUUUGUAUUUUUAGGAGCCCGAUGUCCUGCCCUCAAGUCUGUCGGUGCCUGAGCCCAGGAAAGAGGAA